CUUGCUCCAGCUGAGGAAGUGUGACUAGAUAGUCAUUGUAAGUAAAGAUCAAAUAAUACUGUUCUCUUGCAGUUAAAAUAAGGAAUGGGCCAUGUGAGCAGGAGCUUAUCAGAAAGGAGAACUGCCUGGAUUACCUUCACUGUCUGUGCUGAUAAAUUUAUUCCAGUCAAAAUCUCCUGGAAAGGAACAGUUUAGAAAAAGUCUUCCAACCCUGAUGUUAGUUCCUGAGAAGUCCUGAACAUCCUCCAUUCAAGUUGGUUUCAACAGGAGUUGUGGGUGCCCAGCACCUCCCCGAAUAAGCUUUCAGGCUGGACAGAGGACUAUGUUUUCAUCAGUGAAAUCGUUCAAAGAUCAGAAGUAUCAUGAACUCAAGCAGCAGUGCAUCAAACAAGGACGACUCUUUGAAGAUCCUGAGUUUCCAGCAUCGGACGAAUCCCUUUUCUACAACAGGUGCCCCCCUGGAAGAGUGGAAUGGAAGCGGCCAAAGGAGCUCUGUGAAGACCCACACCUGUUUGUGAAUGGAAUCAGCGCCCAUGACUUGCACCAAGGGAAGCUGGGGAACUGCUGGUUUGUGGCGGCUUGCUCCUGCUUGGCUCUUCGGGAGAAUCUCUGGCAAAAGGUGAUUCCAAGCUUUAAGGAACAAGAAUGGGAUUCAAAGAGACCCCAGAAAUAUGCUGGGAUUUUUCACUUCCAGUUCUGGUAUUUUGGACAGUGGACUGAUGUUGUCAUAGAUGAUAGAUUGCCAACAAUUAAUGGGGAGCUGAUCUACUGCCAUUCCAACGUGGAGAAUGAAUUCUGGAGCGCACUACUGGAGAAAGCUUAUGCAAAGCUGGCUGAGUCUUAUGAAGCCCUGGAUGGAGGCACUGCUGCAGAUGCAAUUGUCGAUUUCACUGGAGCAGUGGCAGAAUCGAUUGACCUGGUAAAGGGCAAAUAUUGUGAGAAUAUUUCUGAGCAAAUGAAGUUGUUUGAAGACUUGCUGAAAGUACAUAAAAGAGGCGGGUUAAUCAGCUGUUCCAUCGCGACUUCAUCCCCCAAUGACACCGAGGUGGAGACAAAGAUGGGUCUGAUCAUAGGCCAUGCCUACUCGGUGACGGCAAUUCAGAAGGUGCGCCUCGGAGAGAGGCUCCUGUUCUCUUUUAAGUCAGAAAAGCUCUUCAUGAUCAGAAUGAGGAAUCCGUGGGGAAAGAAGGAGUGGAACGGUGCAUGGAGUGACCAGUCUGAAGAAUGGAAGAAAGUGAGCGACUCAGAGCGUAAGAGCUUGGGACUCACUGUUCAAAACGAUGGCGAGUUCUGGAUGACAUUUGAUGACUGGUGUCAGAACUUCACCGAUGUUGACGUCUGUCGAAUUGUGAACACUUCGUACUUCAGCAUCCACAAAACCUGGGAGAAAAAAAUGGUGCACGGGGCGUGGACCAAGCAUUCGGAACCACUGAAAAACCGCUCCGGAGGAUGUUUCGAUUACAGAGCCACCUUCUUACAGAAUCCCCAGUAUGUCUUCGAUGUCAAGAAGGCUGAGGACAAAGUGCUGAUUUCACUACAGCAAGAGGAUCAGCGCAUUUACAAGAAAGAUGGGAAAGGGGACAACUUCCCUAUUGGCUUUGAAAUCUUCAAGGUGGAGCUUAACAGAGACUAUCGGAUACACAAGCUGCAAAUACAAGAGCGAGUGGCAACCUCCAUUUAUGUCAAUACACGCACUGUGUUCCUGAGGAAGCUCCUUGCACGGGGUCGCUAUGUUCUUAUCCCAACAACACACUAUCCUGGCAUUGUCACUGCAUUUAUCCUGAGGCUCUUUACAGAUGUGCCAUCAAAACUCAGGGAGCUGAAGCUAGAUAAGCCUAAAUGGACAUGCUGGAGCAUUCUGUGUGGUUAUCCUCGCAUAGUCACCGAAAUUAAAAUUCACUCCGCAGAAGGUCUACAGAGGCAAGACAGAUCAGGUGGAGCAGAUCCCUACCUGAUUAUCAAGUGUGAGAAUCAAAAAGUUCGCUCUGCUGUCCAGCAAGACACCGUCAGUGCCAUUUUUGACACACAAGCACUUUUCUACAGAAAGAACGUCAAGCGUCCCAUAAUUGUCCAGGUCUGGAAUAGCAACGUCUUGUGUGACCAGUUCCUUGGACAAGUGCUGCUGGCAGCACUCCCCGGUGACCCCAGAGAACCGCAGACUCUCCAGCUCCGGGGAAAAGGCAGCCGAGAAGCAGACGAAAUGCCAGGUCACAUCACCGUCAAGGUUGUUUCCAGUGACGACCUCAUGGAGCUAUGAAUACCGGAGCCCCGCAGACCCAGACAAAGCUGUCGCCUCACAGCAAGAACGCUUGUCUGUGCUUUCAGUGUGAACGACUCGGGAGCAAAGGUUUCCAGAAAGCCCUCUCUUGCUCAUUCUGACCAUGGGGUUAUGUGCGUGCCGGGGAGGGGUGACUUUUUGUUGUUGUUUUUUUAACGGAAAAAAUAUAUAAUGCAGCAACUAUGGCAGGAGAUGGGCCGCUCUAAAACUCAGUGACAACACGCGCUACCAAACCGCCACCUCCCCAUCCGUUCCAGCUGGGGGUGACAUUGCAGUAGAUUGAGGCGCACAAUCCUACAGCGCAGUGUUUCUGUUGUUGUCUAUUUCAGGGUGACAGGAGCAGCGCCAGGCAGGAAAGGCGCUAAUGGCCAUGGUGCACAGGUGGGGGGGAUGGAGUGCAGGAGCUGGCCCCAUGACUAAAUCCAUGCUCAGCCUUUGAAAUAUUUACCAGCACCCUGUCAUUUGUGAGGGAUUUGUCUGGGCUGCGGUUGGUUGAAAUGAGUUACUUUUCAUUUAAUCCUACAAUACUUUGUAUUAACAGCACUAUUAUUACUACUAAUCAUAUAUUACUGUGCCUCAACUGAAACGUCAUUGCUAGAAUAAUCAAAGCAGUCAUUCAAAAUGCAUAAGAAUGGGAACCUGGUGGAAGAAAAAUCCCAAUGUUAAAAUGGUAGACCCAAAUCCUGCAGUCUUUACUCAGGCAUUGUAGCCAAUGGGAAUUUUGCCUGCAUAAGGGCUGCUGGAUUAGAUCCCAUAUUCCCUUUUCCCGAGCUAGCGGAACUCACAAGGUCACAUUUCUGGCCACAGGAAGACACCUGGAAAUUCAGCAGUGGCUUGGAUCUAGUACAAACUCUUAGUAACAAGAUCCUGUUUGCAGAGCAGCAGUGCUCUAAUAAAUGAGAUGCUUUAAGAGAGGGCUAUCAUUGUUAUUAAACAUGCAAUUCACGUCACCCACACAAUUGAGGAAGUGCAUGGUGACAAAUUGAAUUGAGGAGGACACAAUCCUCCCAGCUGCUGUGAGGGAUAUGAAUGAAAGGCAAAGUCAUUGCGGGGUUGGAUACUUGAUUGCAUUCCUCUGAGUUUUGAAUACACUUAGCACUAGUAAAUCCUUGUGUCAACCAAAUAUAACGCAGGGCAGGCACUGACUAAGUUUUCCCACAGAGCAAGCCAAGGCACAUGCUUCCUUUCAACCUGUGCAUACAGCACAAUGGUGGGGUUCCCCAGAGCAGAAUCAAGCCAUAGUGUCAAACUGUAGCAAUUCCAGGUGUAGAAUAAUUUCACCAUGAAAUCCCAACCCUCAACCUUUGACUUCUUUUAUUGCUCUUGCAAAUUCUGAGCUUGAGCAUGAAGCUCAAAGUUUCCUCUUUCAACCCUUCAUUCAGACUGAGGUUGCAUUUUCAGAAAAUUUGAAUUUUGCACUCCGCUGGAGGCUAAACCAGGCAUUCUUGUGGAAUUUAAUCGCUUGCAAAAUGGUCCAGAACAAAAGUACAUGUCUGUUGUUUUGCAAAACAUUCUGAACAUUUGUUCAUGCGUUUCAGACCCACCUCUGCUGUGUGACAAUGAUUUCGCUGGUGUCCUGAAGUAGGCAUGGAAACACACGAAUGAUACUGAGCCAGUUGGGAACCAUCACUUUGGUUUUGUGUGUGAAAUACUUGCAUCCAGCUUAGGUCAUAAAUGUUGUGCCUAAACUGUUUCGCACGAUGAUUGCAUGUGUCAGCCCAGAACUGCAUGCCUGGAUAUUUCUAUUGUCUGUAAUUUGGUGUUUUUAACUUUGUUUUGAGUGCACGUCUAAAGUUAAACUUUCCCAUAUAGCUCAGGCCCUGAUGAGCAUCAGUGACAGGGAACCACUGUGCAGACACUACACAGUUUCCUGACUCUGCAUUAGGAACGGCUUAUGUUGGGCCUGAUUCUUCUCACCCGCUAUCUUAUACCAUUGUUACUCUACUGGCUUCAAUGGAGUUUACUCUUCAUCUACGCUAGUGUAAGCAACAGGAGAAUCAGGCCAUCCUGUAUACUCUAAUUAGGUAAGUACAGAAAGAGAGCAGAGGAUCAACCAUGCUGUCCUAUCAGAAUAGUCUCACCAGGUCAGUGGAGUACAGACAGCGUGUAGAUGAAAGUCUCAUUUUUUUUCUAGUUUGACUUGUAGAAGAUAAUGGUGCCCUCCCAGGAUUCAAUGCACUGCAUCUCUUACAGCAUUCAGUGCCACCAGUUUCCAGGCGCUGCUGCUUAAACCAUGUUUUUCCCCUUUAGUUGCAUCUGAGUGCACACAUAUUGUUGCUAUGAAUAUUCCUCACUACUAGCACUGUCCUGUCUCCCCUACUGGGCAAUAGAGGUGGUGGGGGUUAGCCAUUUGAUACCCAUGUAUGUGUCUUGUGGCUGAAUCCCAUUCAAAGCUUUAACAAAUAUGCCAAGUAGUCUUCACUCCCUCUUAAAUACUGUGACCUCAAACUCCCAGCCCCUUGGAGAAAAUGGGCCAGAUUCUCAGUCUGCAUAGCAUCAUUGGCUUCAGUGUAGAUGCAUUGAUUGACAUCAGCUGAAGGCCUGGCCUAAUACAGCCCCCUACAUUUUCUAAGACAAAAUUGAACCUAGCAUGACAUUAUUGUGCUCUCUAGUGUAGUUUAUUGUGCUAGAAAGUAUUGGGUGUAGCUUCACAGUUCCUUCCUCCUCGCCCGAUUUCCCCUGGGAUUUCCUGCUAUACCACUAGAGGUUUCUCCCAGACCCCAGCUGGAGAACGGCUUAUUCCACGAAGCAUGAGAACUGAAUGUCCUUGUGACUUUACUUUCCUGAUGCAGCAUCAACUGCUGUUCUUAUUUAUGGGAAAGUGUUUGAAACUAAAGCUGGUUGCUCAGUAAUAUGCUGUGGUAGUGAGUUCCCCAAGGUAACUACGUAUUAUGUUAAGAUAUAUUCCUUUUGUCUGUUUUAAAUUUGCUUCCCUGUCAUUACUCAUCACCCUCUUGUUCUUGUGCUUAUAAAUACGAGUGCUUCCCACCUGGUAGUCUCGGGAUCAUUACAGCUGUGUUCUUCUAACAUAUUUGCUUUUCCUCCUAACUCCUAGGGAAAAUGCUGGUACGAAGCCUUUCCAACACAGCUGUUCCCUCCAAUACCGAUACUUUGGCUGGUGACUUGCACCUGACCAAAUCAAAGCUAGAUUCUCAGAAGCAGAUUCCCUUAGCUUUUCUGCUCUCUAAAGAGCCCAAGCCCGCUGAAGUCAAUGGAAAGAGACCCACUGACUUCAGCUGGUUUUGAAGCAGGUCCUAGGCCACUCUGGGCCUAAUUUUUCAGAGGUGCUGAGCAACUCCAGUGGGACCUGCGGAGGCCCAGCACCCCAAAUUAGAGGCCACUUUUGAAAAGGCGAGUGUUUAAAUGAGAUCCGUGUGAUCAAAUGUACAUAUCACCAUUCUGCCAAGUCCUCAGUGGGGAUUAUCCCAGCUGGAAGAAAUGUUCAACUCUUGCACUGCUGUUUUUCAUGCUCAAAGAGCAUUUUGCAGAAAUGGCACUUCAAUGUCUUCGGAAAAAACAGUCACAUGCUGUAAAAUAAACAUUUUUAUCUGUAUUGGUA